AUAACAUAAUAAAAUAAUAAAAAUAUAAAAUAAAUAUAAAAUAAUUUGUAAUAAUCACGUAGUUGUAUUUAAGGCGGAUUAAUCAUGCCAUACAUAAAUUUAAAUGUAGUUUUUGAAGGUUCAAAUCGUUGAUAGUUUGUUUUCCCACUUGUAUCAUCCCUGCCCAACACAUGGGACAAUCGUUGACGCAGACGUCGCACGUUUCCCAAGAGAACCUGUUUAUCGACAACUUCGUACAGACAGACAGCCGAUGAGAUCAAACCAGUCGGUGCUUUACCUCUCAGAGAUUAACACACGCUUAACGUGAGGGAAAUGAAGAGACCAGUACUGUUGUUUACUGUCGUGCUUCUUAUCGCUGACCGGUCCAGCAGUCAGUCAUGCGAGUGCGUAAAGAAAAAUCUAUGCAAGGCCGAGCACAGUUUGGAUGUUACCGUGUACCCACAGAAUUUCACGCAACCUGUCGGAUUGGAUCCGAUGUCUUUUGAUUUGAGAUUAUCGGAUAAUCAAGGAUGUGAUUUAUUGGAAACAUGUUGUGAAGCAAAAGAUAUCAUCGCUGUAUCUCCAAAAAGUGAGAUCACAUUUGAUAGAUGUGGCGUACGUAAUCAUAAUGGAAUUGGAUACAGGCUGACUGGAUUUAAGAGUGGAGCAGCACAAUAUGGUGAAUUUCCUUGGACCCUAAUGCUGUUGAAAAGUACGGAUUUACUUGGUCUCAGCAAAGAGGUUUAUUUGUGCGCCGCUUCGCUUAUUGCACCGGAUUUAGCAUUAACUACAGCCCAUUGUGUGAAUAAGACAGAGCAAUAUUCUGUUAGAGCAGGCGAAUGGGAUACUAGCAGUUUCCAGGAGUUAUAUCCAACACAGACUCGAACCGUCAUCCAAGUCGUGAUCCACGAGAAGUACGACAUAUACCAUCACAACAAUAUAGCGCUGCUAAAAUUGGACUCGCCUUUUACCGCUGACCACAACGUGCAGAUCAUUUGUCUACCACCUCCGGAACAAAAAUUCGAUGGUGCCGAAUGCUUCACCGGUGCUUGGGGCAAGGACAAAUUCGAACAGGGAGUGCAGCAAAACAUUCUUCGCAGCAUAGAGGUUCCCGUCAUACCCCACGCUCAAUGUCAAGAGGCGUUCAGACAGACACGCCUUGGGCUGUCAUUUAUUCUCCACAGUAGCUACAUGUGCGCCGGUGGAGAGGAAAAUGUUGACGCCUGCACUGGUGACGGUGGAGCGCCUCUGGUUUGCCCGGCUGACAGUAAUCGGUACUAUCAGGUGGGCAUUGUCGCCUGGGGCAUCGGCUGCGGACAAAAGGGAGUUCCGGGUGCUUACACCAAUGUAGCCAAAUAUGUGACUUGGAUUCGGCAGCACGUGUUUGAGCUGGGAACAAGUCUAGAAUAUUCAACGUAUCAGUAAAUGUAAGUGUGCUUGUGGUACACGACUCAAUCAGUAUCAUGAAAUUAAACAAUUAAAUAUUUAUUUAUUACCUAGGCUUGAAAUAAAGGGUAGUACUUUGACCGUAAAA